CUAACUGCCAGUGUCUCUUAGGAGUGAGGCCCCUGGAGUUCAGGGACACCCAACCAGCGACAAUGACAGCAGACGAGCUGGUUUUCUUUGUGAAUGGCAGAAAGGUGGUGGAGAAAAAUGCAGAUCCAGAGACAACCCUUUUGGCCUACCUGAGAAGAAAGUUGGGGCUGAGUGGGACCAAGCUUGGCUGUGGAGAAGGAGGCUGCGGGGCUUGCACGGUGAUGCUCUCCAAGUACGAUCAUCUCCAAAACAAGAUCGUCCACUUUUCUGCCAAUGCCUGUCUGGCCCCCAUCUGCUCCUUGCAUCAUGUUGCCGUGACGACGGUGGAAGGAAUAGGAAGCACCAAGACGAGGCUGCAUCCUGUGCAGGAGAGAAUCGCCAAAAGCCAUGGCUCCCAGUGCGGGUUCUGCACCCCCGGCAUCGUCAUGAGCAUGUACACGCUGCUGCGGAACCAGCCCAAGCCCACCAUCGAGGAGAUUGAGAACGCCUUCCAAGGAAAUCUGUGCCGCUGCACAGGCUACAGACCCAUCCUCCAGGGCUUCCGGACCUUCGCCAGGGAUGGUGGAUGCUGCAGAGGAGAUGGGGACAAUCCAAACUGCUGCAUGAACUCAAAGAAAGACCACGUGGUCAGUCUCUCGCCAUCUUUGUUCAAACCAGAGGAAUUCAUGCCCCUGGAUCCCACCCAGGAGCCCAUCUUCCCCCCAGAGUUGCUGAGGCUGAAAGACACUCCUCGGAGGCAGCUGCGUUUUGAAGGGGAGCGUGUGACGUGGAUCCAGGCCUCCACCCUGAAGGAGCUGCUGGACCUCAAAGCUCAGCACCCUGACGCCAAGCUGGUGGUGGGGAACACAGAGAUUGGCAUUGAGAUGAAAUUUAAGAACAUGCUGUUUCCUCUGAUCGUCUGCCCAGCCUGGAUCCCGGAGCUGAACUCGGUGCAGCAUGGACCUGAGGGUAUUUCCUUUGGAGCUUCUUGCCCCCUGAGCUUUGUGGAAAAGACCCUGGUUGAUGCAGUUGCUAAGCUUCCUGCUCAGAAAACAGAGGUGUUCAGAGGAGUCUUGGAGCAGCUGCGCUGGUUUGCUGGGAAGCAGGUCAAGUCUGUGGCGUCCAUUGGAGGGAACAUCAUCACCGCCAGCCCCAUCUCCGACCUCAACCCCGUGUUCAUGGCCAGCAGGGCUAAGCUGACUCUCGUGUCCAGAGGCACCAGGAGAACUGUUCGGAUGGAUCACACCUUCUUCCCUGGCUACAGGAAGACCCUGCUGAGUCCAGAGGAGAUACUUCUCUCCAUAGAGAUCCCCUAUAGCAGGGAGGGUGAGUUUUUCUCAGCAUUCAAGCAGGCCUCCCGGAGAGAAGAUGACAUUGCCAAGGUGACCAGCGGCAUGAGAGUUUUAUUCAAGCCAGGAACCACAGAGGUGAAGGAGCUGGCUCUUUGCUAUGGCGGAAUGGCCAACAGAACCAUCUCGGCGCUCAAGACCACCCAGAAGCAGCUGUCCAAGCUCUGGAAGGAGGAGCUGCUGCAGGACGUGUGCGCAGGCCUGGCGGAGGAGCUGCUGCUGCCCCCCGACGCCCCCGGCGGCAUGGUGGAGUUCCGGCGCACCCUCACCCUCAGCUUCUUCUUCAAGUUCUACCUGACAGUUCUUCAGAAGCUGGGCAAAGAGAACCCAGACAACAUGUGUGGUCUGCUGGACCCCACCUUCGUCAGUGCCACUUUACUCUUUCAGAAAGACCCUCCGACCAAUGUCCAGCUCUUCCAGGAGGUGCCCAAGGAUCAGUCUGAGGAGGACAUGGUGGGCCGGCCCCUGCGCCACCUGGCUGCAGACAUGCAGGCCUCCGGCGAGGCAGUAUACUGUGACGACAUCCCUCACUACGAGAAUGAGCUGUCUCUCCGGCUGGUCACCAGCACCCGGGCCCACGCCAAGAUCAAGUGCAUAGAUACUUCAGAAGCUAAGAAGGUGCCAGGGUUUGUUUGCUUCCUCUCAGCUGGUGACAUAUUUGCUUCAUGAGGAACUUGGUUAUGUUCUUUAGCAGUCUGUCUCUGCUCCUAGGUUACUUGUGUUGGGCACAUCAUCGGUGCUGUGGUUGCUGACACCCCAGAACAUGCUCAGAGAGCCGCUCAAGGGGUGAAAGUCACCUACGAAGAACUUCCAGCCAUUAUCACAAUCGAGGAUGCUAUAAAGAACAACUCCUUUUAUGGAUCUGAGAUGAAGAUUGAGAAGGGAGACCUCAAGAAGGGGUUUUCGGAAGCAGAUAAUGUUGUCUCAGGAGAGCUGUACAUUGGUGGCCAAGAACACUUCUACCUGGAGACUAACUGCACCAUUGCUGUCCCCAAAAACGAGGCAGGGGAGAUGGAACUCUUUGUGUCUACACAGAACACCAUGAAGACCCAGAGCUUUGUUGCAAAUAUGUUGGGGGUUCCAGCAAACCGGAUUUUGGUCCGAGUGAAGAGGAUGGGAGGAGGCUUUGGAGGGAAGGAGACCCGGAGCACUGUGGUGUCCUUGGCAGUGGCCCUGGCUGCACACAGGACCGGCCGCCCUGUGCGCUGCAUGCUGGACCGUGAUGAGGACAUGCUGAUAACUGGUGGCAGACAUCCCUUCCUGGCCAGAUACAAGGUUGGCUUCAUGAAGACCGGGAAGGUCGUGGCUCUGGAGGUGGAUCACUUCAGCAACGCAGGGAACACCCAGGAUCUUUCUAGGGGUAUAAUGGAGCGAGCUCUAUUCCACAUGGACAACUGCUAUAAAAUCCCCAACAUCCGGGGCACUGGGCGUCUGUGCAAGACCAAUCUGCCCUCCAACACGGCCUUCCGGGGCUUUGGGGGGCCGCAGGGCAUGCUCAUUGCUGAGAAUUGGAUGAGUGAAGUUGCCGUGACCUGUGGGCUGCCCGCAGAGGAGGUGAGGAGGAAAAACCUGUACAAAGAAGGGGACCUGACACACUUCAACCAGAAGCUUGAGGGGUUCACCUUGCCCAGGUGCUGGGAUGAAUGCCUAGCAAGCUCUCAGUACCACGCUCGGAAGAGUGAGGUCGACAAGUUCAACAGGGAAAAUUGCUGGAAAAAGAGAGGAUUGUGUAUAAUUCCUGUCAAGUUUGGAAUAAGCUUCACAGUUCCUUUUCUGAAUCAGGCAGGAGCCCUGAUUCACGUCUACACCGACGGCUCUGUGCUGCUGACCCAUGGGGGCACUGAGAUGGGCCAGGGCCUGCACACCAAGAUGGUCCAGGUGGCCAGCAGAGCUCUGAAAAUACCCACCUCCAAGAUUUAUAUAAGUGAGACAAGCACUAACACUGUGCCCAACGCCUCUCCCACAGCCGCCUCUUGCAGCAGUGACAUCAACGGGCAGGCCAUCUAUGAAGCUUGUCAGACCAUCCUGAAGAGGCUGGAACCUUUCAAGAGAAAGAAUCCCAGUGGCUCCUGGGAAGACUGGGUCACAGCUGCCUACAUGGACGCAGUGAGCUUGUCUGCCACUGGGUUUUACAAAACACCUAACAUUGGCUACAGCUUUGAGACGAACUCAGGGAACCCCUUCCACUACUUCACGUAUGGGGUGGCUUGCUCUGAAGUAGAAAUUGACUGCUUAACAGGGGAUCACAAGAACCUCCGCACAGACAUCGUCAUGGAUGUUGGCUCCAGUCUGAACCCUGCCAUUGAUAUUGGGCAGGUGGAAGGGGCAUUUGUCCAGGGCCUGGGCCUCUUCACCCUGGAGGAGCUGCACUACUCCCCGGAGGGGAGCCUGCACACCCGGGGCCCCAGCACCUACAAGAUCCCUGCUUUUGGCAGCAUCCCUGUUGAGUUCAGGGUGUCCCUGCUCCGUGACUGCCCCAACAAGAAGGCCAUCUAUGCAUCCAAGGCUGUCGGGGAGCCGCCUCUCUUUCUGGCUGCCUCCAUCUUCUUUGCCAUCAAGGACGCCAUCCGUGCAGCCCGAGCUCAGCACACAGAUAAUAACAUAAAGGAACUUUUCCGGCUAGACAGCCCUGCCACCCCGGAGAAGAUCCGCAACGCCUGCGUGGACCAGUUCACCACCCUGUGUGUCACUGGUGCAACGGAAAACUGCAAACCCUGGUCUCUGAGGGUCUGAAGAGAACGUCCCCAGCAGAGUCUUCCUGUGCUGUGUUGGGGCUUCCAUGGAGCAGGAAGCAACGUACUGCAGAACAUGGAUCUAUAAAAGUCGCAUGAUGACAAAGCCGUGACUCAUCAGGAUGGCAUUUGGAAGAAAAUUGAAUGCAUUGGAAGAUUUUGGUCAAAAAUGUGAUUUGCAAACAUAAUGAUAAGCAAAUUUAGAACUGUUAGGCCUAAGUGACGAAUAUGCAAUUAUGGUCAUUUCUGUUUUAAUCAUGUAUUUGGAAUAGGUUUAGGAAGAGUUGUGCUGUGUCCCCACUCACUGGACAGCCUACAUAACUUCAAGCUCUGAUGGUGUCUGUCCUUCAAAGAGGAAUCCCACAAACCUUCAGAAGUUCAAACCAAAGUUAUUCUAAAUCUGUGUGCCUUCCUCAGAAAGCCUUUUCUUUAAACCAAUAAACAUCAUAUCAUAAUCUCA